CCCGGGCAGGAGGCGGUGGCGUUCUCGGCGGCAGGACCAGCAUGGAUUGGGGCACCGAGUUGUGGGAUCAGUUUGAGGUCUUGGAACGCCACACGCAGUGGGGGCUGGAUCUAUUGGACAAAUACGUGAAGUUCGUGAAAGAACGCGCCGAGGUGGAGCAGGCUUAUGCCAAGCAACUCCGGAGCCUGGUGAAAAAGUACCUUCCCAAGAGACCUACCAAAGAUGACCCCGAAGUCAAGUUCAGCCAGCAGCAAUCCUUCGUUCAGCUUCUCCAGGAGGUCAAUGAUUUCGCAGGCCAGCGAGAACUGGUGGCCGAGAGCCUGGGCAUCCGAGUGUGUCUGGAGUUGGCCAAGUACUCACAGGAGAUGAAGCAGGAGAGGAAGAUGCACUUCCAGGAAGGCCGGCGGGCCCAGCAGCAGCUGGAAAAUGGCUUCAAGCAGCUGGAGACUAGUAAGCGGAAGUUUGAGCGAGACUGCCGCGAGGCCGAGAAAGCUGCUCACACCGCCGAACGGCUGGAUCAGGAUAUUAAUGCCACCAAGGCAGAUGUGGAGAAGGCCAAGCAGCAAGCCCACCUUCGGAACCACAUGGCCGAGGAGAGCAAAAACGAAUACGCAGCCCAGCUUCAGCGCUUCAACCGAGACCAGGCCCACUUCUACUUCUCACAGAUGCCCCAGAUAUUCGAUAAGCUGCAGGACAUGGAUGAACGCCGGGCCACCCGCCUGGGCGCCGGGUACGGGCUCUUAUCCGAGGCUGAGCUGCAGGUGGUUCCCAUUAUCGGCAAAUGCUUGGAGGGAAUGAAGGUGGCUGCCGAGUCCGUGGACGCUAAGAACGAUUCGCAAGUCCUCAUCGAAUUACACAAGUCAGGGUUCGCCCGCCCCGGCGACUUGGAAUUCGAAGACUUUAGUCAAGUCAUGAGCCGAGUGCCCUCCGACAGCAGCCUGGGCACCCCGGAUGGCAGGCCUGAGCUCCGAGCAGCCUCCAGCCGUAGCCGGCCCAAGCGCUGGCCUUUUGGGAAAAAGAAUAAGCCGCGUCCCCCAUCCCUGUCCCUCCUGGGGGGUCACCUACCCUCCACAUUGUCUGAUGGAUCCCUGUCCCCCCGUUCUGGCCGCGACCCCUUGGCCAUACUGAGCGAGAUCAGUAAGUCAGUCAAACCGCGGCUAGCAUCCUUCCGCAGCCUCCGAGGCGGCCGUGGGACCGUGGUCACUGAAGAUUUCAGUCAUCUGCCCCCAGAGCAGCAGAGAAAGCGACUCCAACAACAGCUGGAAGAGAGGAACCGGGAGUUGCAGAAGGAGGAAGACCAGAGGGAGGCCCUGAAGAAGAUGAAAGACGUAUAUGAGAAAACACCACAGAUGGGCGACCCUGCCAGCUUAGAGCCCCGCAUUGCUGAGACCCUGGGCAACAUCGAGAGACUCAAGCUGGAAGUGCAGAAGUAUGAGGCUUGGUUAGCAGAAGCUGAAAGCCGGGUCCUCAGUAACCGGGGAGACAGCUUGAGCCGUCAUUCCAGGCCCCCUGAUCCCCCAGCUACUGCCCCACCUGAUAGCAGCAGUAGCAGCAACAGUGGAUCCCAGGAUAAUAAGGAGAGCAGCUCAGAAGAGCCCCCUUCAGAGGAAGGCCAGGACACCCCCAUCUAUACUGAGUUUGAUGAGGACUUUGAAGAGCCUGCCUCCCCUAUCGGCCAGUGUGUAGCGAUCUACCACUUUGAAGGAUCCAGCGAGGGAACCAUCUCCAUGUCGGAGGGGGAAGACCUCAGUCUGAUGGAGGAAGACAAAGGUGAUGGAUGGACACGGGUCAGGCGGAAACAGGGAGGCGAGGGCUAUGUGCCCACCUCCUACCUCCAAGUCACGCUCAACUGAA